GUUAUUUGCAUUUCGUGGUCGGCGGUGCCGAGGUUUCGAUAAGUUGAUCCCUUCAGUGUUGUCAUUUGAAUCUAGUUAACGAUAGCGGAUAUUUCCUCACUUUCAGAUGAAGAUAGGUAGCUAAAGAAAUACGAGUCCAAGCUACCUAAAGAGAACCAUCAGGGAACAUGGAUGCGGUGAAAGCUUUUAACGCUGAGCUGCUGUCUUUGAUGGACAUGAAACCACCAAUUUCUCGAGCAAAAAUGAUGUCUAUUACGAAGGCUGGGAUAAAAGCUAUCAAGCUUUAUAAACACGUUGUUCAGAUAAUUGAGAAGUUCAUCAAGCGGUGUAGUCCAGAGCUGAAGGUUCCUGGCCUGUAUGUGGUGGACUCCAUAAUCAGGCAGUCUCGCCAUCAGUUUGGGGAAGACAAGGAUGUGUUUGGUCCAAGGUUCCUGAAGAAUAUCACCAUAACAUUUCAGAGCCUCUACCAAUGCCCUCCUGAUGAUAAGGCCAAGAUCUUGCGCGUGUUGGAUCUGUGGCAGAAGAACUGUGUGUUUGGUAUGGACAUCAUCCAGCCACUGCUGGACAUGGCCACAGCUUCCCUGACACCUGUGCUGGAGAAUGGCAGCAUGCUGGAAGGGUCUCCAGCUGCAGUGGGUCCUGCACAGCCCAGCCAUAGCGCGGAAGCAGCAAACCCAGCAGCUCUACCACAGAUCCAGACCCCUGCAGCGCUAGCAGCCAUUGCUCAGUUCCUCCAGUCCACUCAGAGCCUAGACCUCCAGCAGGUGCUGCAGACCCUUCAGCAGGGUGAUGCCGCACAGCCCAGUGCACAGACGCCCACCCAGAACGCUGUAGCCACCCAACAGAAGAACUCCAUUGCUAAGGUGUUGCUGGACCGGUUUGACUAUGAUGAAGAACCAGAAGUGGUGGAGGAACCACAACAGGAGGAAACGCCUUGUCCAAUAAACCUACCAGAUCUGCAGCAGGCUUUGCAAGCUCACCUGCUUGGUCAUCUCUCCAAUCAGGUGCUUCCUAACGUCCAGGCAGCCCUGCAGGGCCUGGUGGGCACUCAACCAGCUCAGCCCGUUACAGCCUUUCAGCCGCACGGGGUCAACACAGCCACCCAGGACAACAGCCUUGCUCAUGCCAUCACAGAGCCACUGGCUUUGACGAUGGAGCCGGUGGAGCAAAGGACAGAUGCUGUAGAUGGGCGGUAUGCUGGCCAGUCAAGGUCGCCCAGGAGACGGUCGUCAUCACGGUCCCGCAGGUCCCGCUCAGGGUCUCGCCCACGGCGGGCGUGGUCCUCCCGCUCGCGGUCCAGAGAACAGUGGCGGGGCUCGCCGAGGUCUCGAGUGGAAGAACGGAGGGACAGAGAGCGGAAACAUAAAGGACUCCCAUCCAUUAAGAGGGAAACUCUGAGUGUGUGUAGCACUACCCUGUGGAUCGGCCAGCUGGAUAAGAAAACCCAGCAGCAGGACAUCAGCUGCAUGAUGGAGGAAUUUGGACAGAUCGAGUCUGUCAAUAUGAUCCCCCCUCGAGGGUGUGCCUACGUCGUCAUGGUGCACAGGCAGGACGCCUACACGGCCCUUAACAGACUCAGCAGAGGCAAUGCCAGAAUCAACCACAAACCCUUCAAGAUUGCAUGGGCGAUGAACAAGGGCAUAAGUGCGCGUUUUAAGAAGUACUGGGAUGUGGAGCUGGGAGUCACCUACGUCCCCUGGAGCAGGUUGAAGGCUGCAGAGAUAUCGGCUCUCUGCGAGGGUGGCACACUCGACCUGGAAACGCUCAAGCCAGAGUGGGCUUCAUUGCUGACAGACCUCAUUAAGCCUACUGGCAGUGGCGGAGGACCUGAAGGAGAACAGGCAGAUGGAGCAGCUCACACCAUAGCUGGGCCACAGAUACCUCCUCUUGUUUUGGAUGUGGUUGGUGGGAUUCCAGGGAGACCCUCUCCAUCAUCAUCCCUGCCGCUCGCUGGAUUCAAUCCCACACACAUGUCCCCAGCUGACCACAUAGAGGGUCCCUUGGUAGAUGCUGGUGACCAUCCCAACAGCCAUACAGGAUCACCAGCGUCUCCCAUGAUGAGUGGCCCCUGUGCAGGGGCUUUUAUUGGGCCUCGGACAGGGCCCCUACCCCUUCAGCAGCCUCCACGACCUCUGCCUCCAUUUGUGCCUCCCUUCCCCAACAACGUGCCCCCAUUAAACAUGCCCCGUCUGAAUAUGCCACCAAUGAACAUGCCCCAAGGCCCUGUGUUUAGAGAGGGGGGACCCCCAGGCAGAUUCAGGAUGCCCAUGCCUGGACCGUAUGGAGAAGAUUUUCAUUCCCCCAUGGAGGGCUUCCCUUCUCAUGGCCCACCCCCUGGCCCCAUGGAUGAAGAUCACUGGGACGUUGGGCCUUUUAUGGAUGACUGGCGGGACUAUGGGCCAAACAGGGGUCCAGAAUGGUUUGGAGACGAACCGCCAUUCAGACGUGGUGGGUGGGGCAGGGGUGGUCCCAGGGGGCAUGGUCGCUUUGGAAAUCGAUAGUCCCAAAGACUUCCAAAGACUCACAGAGACUGUUGGUUAAGACUCAGUAAUUUUGCAGGAUGCAGAAGUUCAUAUAGAAAUGUCUUUGGUAUGGAAAUAAGCACGUCAUCCUGAGGUCUUGUAGACCAAUAAAUGUGUUUAGACGGGUAGAAAAAUAUUUUUCCCCUCCAUUGUAAUAUAAUCUUGGUCUAAACAUAUUCAACCUGAAGUCUCCAAUUGCAAAUGUUUUUCAGCAACUGCAAUCAAGUGUAUAAACUGAAGGAGCAUCAGUAUGUCUUAAGCAACUAUGGACUGUGUACAUGAAUUUGAAAAGAGACUUUUAUAACUUUUCCCCCAGAUUUUGAAAAGUGUUGCUGAGUUACUGUUGCUCACUACUGCCACCUGUUGGACAAACACCCUAAUAGUCAUCUUUGAGGAGCAAGGUGCUGUUCAGUUCCAUAAACUGUUCAAUGGACACAAACUGGCUGAGUUUGCCAAAAUUAAAGCUAUAGUAAGUAUAUUUUUAGAAACAAAUUGCAUCUAAUGUUUAAAGUAAACCAGUUUAUAUAUCACUAAAAUAGUUGUGCUGUGGAAAAACAAAAAUAAGAUCAAAAACAACUACUGGAUGAAAAUUCCAGUCAAGUAAAGCAGGAGACAAUGUUCAUAUGUGAAAACAUAUUUGAAUUUAAAGAAAAAACAUGCAAAGCAUGGUCUGAGAACCCCUUGGUGAAGCAAAGUGCAUACUGUAACAAUUGAACCUAUGAAAGUUAACAGUAUCUCCUUUAUAAGUGAAAGAAACCAUUUUCUGACAAAUACAUUUACAACUCACUGUCAUUUCUGGGGUUUGUAUAUUUUGGGACUGCAUGUUUGGACUUGUACCUUACUGUGUGGAAGGAGAAGAACCCUCAAACGGCAGCUGUUAAUAUUGUUCUGUUCUUUAAUGGGAAAAGCAUCUGCUUUUUUAUCAGACGACAGUGUUCUCUUUCAAUGCCUCACCAUUAAUUUUAAUAAACCAUUUUUUCUUUA